AUGGGCCUCACCAUCUUGUCACUCUUGCCCUGCGUCUUAGGCAAGAAGCAGAUGCGCAUCCUGAUGGUUGGUUUGCAUGCUGCUGGAAAGACGACUAUUUUGUACAAGCUGAAGUUAGGGGAGAUAGUCACCACCAUUCCAACCAUCGGUUUUAAUGUUGAAACAGUAGAAUAUAAAAAUAUUUGUUUCACAGUAUGGGAUGUUGGUGGUCAAGAUAAAAUUAGAACUCUUUGGAGGCAUUUCUUCCAAAAUACACAGGGUCUUAUUUUUGUGGUAAAUAGCAAUGAUUGUGAGAGAAUUCAAGAGGGAGCCCAAGAGCUGCAGAAAAUGCUUCAGGAAGAUGAAUUGUGGGAUGCUGUGCUCCUGCUCUUCGCAAACAAGCAGGAUCUGCCCAAUGCCAUGGCGAUCAGUGAAAUGACAGAUAAACUAGGCCUGCAGUUCUUCCGUAACAGAACUUGGUAUGUUCAAGCUAUUGCUACACAAGGAACCGGGCUGUAAGAGAGUCUGGAAUGGCUGUCUAAUGAACAUUCCAAACGUUAA